AUGCGAGCCUGCUGGAGGACGUGGUGCGUCGCCCUGGGCUGCUGCCUGUGGCUUCUGGGGCCAGCACCGGCCCCGGCCCGCGGCGCCGACCAGCAAGGGGAGGGGGAGGCGGGGGCGGAGGCGGAGGACGCGGCGCCCGUCGUCGAAAUAGCCGACGGCAAGGUGCGCGGCCGAGUGAUGACGUCACGAAGCGGCCGCCGCUUCUACGCCUACCUCGGCAUUCCGUACGCAGAACCACCCGUGGGGCCACUGCGCUUCGGGUUACCCAUACCGCCAGAGAAAUGGGACGACGUGCUGAAUGCCACGAAGGAAGGCAGUCCGUGCCCACAGCUGACAUACCCAGAACUCAAGUACAGGGGCAAGGAGGACUGUCUCUACUUGAACAUCUUCACCCAUCAGAUUUCUGAGACACCUACGCUGGAAGAGAUGGAACUUCGGAAGGAUGUUAUCGUUGUCAUCCACGGUGGCCGUUUUACGACAGGCAGCAGUAAGAUCGCAGACUUGUCUCCGGAGAAUUUCAUGGACCACGACGUCGUACUUGUAACCUUCAACUACCGUCUGGGCCCUUUGGGCUUCCUGGCGGCCGGGCACGCGGCGCUGCCGGGCAACUACGGCCUCAAGGACCAGCACCGGCUGCUCACCUGGGUGCGCCGCAACGCCAUGUACUUCGACGGCAACGAGGGCAGCAUCACGCUGCUCGGCCACGAGGCGGGCGCCGCCAGCGCUCAUUUCCACGCCAUCUCGGAGUACAGCAAGCACCGGUUCUCGGCGGUGGUGUCGCUGUCCGGCACGGGGCUGAGCCCGUGGGCGCACGUGUCUACCGCCGAGGCGCGCAGGAGGGCCUUCCGCCUGGGCGAGCUGGUGGGCUGCCCGCCGGAGCAGCUGCGGGACGCGCCGGGCCUGCGCGCCUGCCUCUCCACCAAGUCCGCCAAGGCGCUCGUCCGGCACGCCGCCAACGUCACCGACAGAGGGACGCCGUUCGCGCCUACACUGGAGCCUUUCAUGCCACGUAACCGCACGCUGCGCUUCAACACGACGGAGAAGCUGAUCGAGUUCUCGGUGGUCAUAAAAGAGCAACGUUCCUGGAUAAUAGGCACCAACAGCCGCGACGGUCUAUCCCAGGCGUCCAAGGUGCUGGAGUCUCCUGAACUGAUGCAGAAACUGAACGACGAUCCAGAGACAGAGCUUCCCAAAUAUUUGGGUAUCGUCGUCGAGGGUGAACCAGAAAUGAUGGCGAAAAUAGGAAGGCGUGCUUGGGAAUAUUAUUUUGGAGACGAGAAGCUCACCAAGGACAACAUAAACCUGUUGGUGGAGAUGACGGGCGACUUCAACACGUUUCACGGUGUAUCGAGGAGCAUCGAACUGCACACUAUCCACACGUCGCUGCCGAUGUUUGCCUACCACUUUGACUGGAACGGAGACGGCGACUCCGGCAGCCAGGGACUACCAGAAGAUUACGAUUUCCGGCUGAUGCUUCCAAAGACGGUGGACGGAAAGAAGACUGAAUAUACAGUGAAGGAACAGAAAUUCGCCGAAAGAAUGCUGCACAUUAUAUUGAACUUUGCGCAUGAGGGGGACCCGACUCCGGAGCCGGACCCGGUGCUGGACGACUUCUCGUGGCACGACGCGGUGUUUGCGAACUACUCGUACCUGCUGCUCGGGGAGACGCUGGACCUGGAGAGCGGCGGCGUGCGCGGCGAGCGCGUGGCCUUCUGGGAGGCGGCGCUGGCCGAGGCGCGCGCCGCAGAGCUGCGGGCGGAGGAGGAGAUCCGCGACGAGCAGCGCCGGCUCUUCGCCCAGGAGGAGGAGCGGCGCGCCGCGGAGGAGCGGGCGGCCGGCGGGCACAAGUCCGAGGAGGUCACCAAGGACCAGAUCAGGAAGAUCGAGCUCUGA